GCUAGAGUAUCUUGUUCCUCGUUGGACCUUGGACGGGUCCUCUUUUCCGCCAAAUUUCUGUAAAAUUUAAACAAGUAGAGCUGCGCUUGCCUUGGGAACGCGAAGCCUGAACGCGGGAAGGUGGAUUUCAUCCGUCAUGGAAGACGACGAAGGGGUCUUCUCAGCGUCUGACUCCGACCUCAGCGAUUCCAGCGACGAGUACCGCGAAGGCAAAGAUGACGAAGUUGACAAUGAUGAAGAGCGAUCUCCGGCUGAAUCUCCCCCGUCCGACGAAGAUCGGAAGUCUAAGAAUGUAGCCGCACUUCUGAGGGGCARCCUUGUUGUUAGAAGGCAGCCACUACUUCCUCGAGUCCUUUCAGUGUCAGAUGGAGCGGCCGUGGCUAGGAAACCAUUUAAGCCUCCAUGCACUCAACGAUAUAGUGACCAGAAUGAAGAGCUUGCUCGCCGUCUUUGGGCUCGUAAGAGAUUUGUCCCAUGGGGUUCUUCAAGGCCCGCAUUGGUUCCGGUAACCAACCGCUUGAGUGCCUCAAGCGUUGUUGAGAAAUAUGUUCCAGAGGAGAAUGUGUCUCUGCCGCCAGGGGUAGAACCCUUGGUAUUGUGGCAACCUGAAGAAUCUGAAGGUGAAUAUGGGAACAUGACAUCAAUAGUGGUGGAACCUUUGCUUGUUCGUUUCCUUAGGCCUCAUCAAAGAGAAGGAGUUCAGUUCAUGUUUGAGUGUGUUUCUGGAUUGUCCAGUUCUGCGGGUAUUUCAGGAUGUAUUCUAGCAGAUGAUAUGGGGUUGGGAAAGACUUUACAGUCAAUCACAUUACUAUACACUGUUCUUCAUCAGGGAUUUGAUGGGAAGCCAAUGGUUAAGAAGGCAAUCAUUGUUACUCCCACUAGUCUCGUUAGUAACUGGGAGUCAGAAAUUAAGAAGUGGGUUGGGGAAAGAGUUCAACUUAUUGCUCUAUGUGAAAGUACCCGUGAUGAUGUUGUCUCUGGUAUUGAUAAUUUCACAAGACCUAACAGCCCUUUUCAGGUGCUCAUUGUUUCGUAUGAGACAUUCCGGAUGCAUUCAUCAAAGUUUGAUCAAAGUGGAUCUUGCGAUCUUCUCAUAUGUGACGAGGCCCAUAGGCUGAAAAAUGACCAAACAUUAACCAAUCGGGCACUAGCUGCUCUUUCAUGUAGACGGCGUAUUCUAUUAUCAGGAACUCCAAUGCAGAAUGACUUGGAAGAAUUUUUUGCAAUGGUUAACUUUACUAACCCAGGAAUUUUGGGGGAUGUUGCCUAUUUUCGUCGUUACUAUGAGGCUCCAAUCAUUUGUGGAAGAGAACCUACAGCAACAGAAGAAGAGAGAAAACUAGGCAUUGAACGUUCUGCAGAAUUAAGUGCCAAAGUAAAUCAGUUUAUCCUGAGGAGGACAAAUGCUCUGUUAUCAAAUCACUUACCACCAAAGAUAGUUGAAGUUGUUUGUUGCAAGCUGACUCCUCUCCAAUUAGAACUGUAUAACCAUUUUAUACAUUCGAAAAAUGUUAAACGGGUAAUUUCUGAGGAGGUGAAGCAGUCAAAAAUUUUGGCAUAUAUUACAGCCCUUAAAAAGUUGUGCAAUCAUCCAAAGCUUAUUUAUGAUACAAUCAGGAGUGGAAGUCCAGGUACAUUGGGAUUUGAGGACUGCAUACGAUUUUUCCCACCAGAGAUGUUUUCUGGCAGAUCUGGAUCAUGGACUGGUGGUGAUGGGGUUUGGGUUGAACUCUCUGGAAAAAUGCACGUCCUGGCUAGAUUACUGGCCCAACUUCGUCAGAAAACAGAUGAUCGCAUAGUUCUUGUUUCAAACUACACUCAGACUCUGGAUCUUUUUGCUCAACUGUGUCGUGAAAGGCGGUACCCAUACUUGAGGCUUGAUGGAACCACAUCUAUCAGUAAAAGACAAAAGUUGGUCAACCGUUUUAAUGAUCUAUCAAAGGAUGAAUUUGCCUUUCUUUUAAGCAGCAAGGCUGGUGGUUGUGGACUUAAUUUGAUAGGUGGUAACCGCCUUGUGCUUUUUGAUCCUGAUUGGAACCCGGCAAAUGAUAAGCAAGCUGCCGCUAGAGUCUGGAGAGAUGGACAAAAGAAGAGAGUAUACAUCUAUAGAUUUUUGAGUACUGGAACCAUUGAAGAAAAGGUAUACCAGCGUCAGAUGUCAAAGGAAGGCCUUCAGAAAGUUAUUCAGCAUGAACAAAUGGACAACAAUAAAGGACAGGGGAAUUUUCUUUCAACAGAAGACUUACGUGAUCUUUUCACAUUUCAUGAGAAUGUGAGGUCUGAGAUUCAUGAAAAGAUGAACUGCACUCGUUGUAGAACACAUGCAUUAGAGAUAGAUGAUGGUCCUGAGAUCGCAAGAGAGGUUGAAGGUGUCAAUUCAACACAUGGAGUUUGUCAUUCUGGUGAAGGCACUUCAGAUAUAGGUGGAUUUGCUGAAAUUGCUGGAUGCUUGCAUAAGUUGAAAAGCUCAGAGAAGCAGCUUGGAGCCCCUCUAGAAGAAGAUCUAGAAAGUUGGGGGCAUCAUCCUUUUCCAAUGUCAGUACCUGAUGCAAUUUUUCAAUGUUCUGCUGGUGAUGAGGUCACAUUUGUUUUCACAAACCAAGUGGAUGGAAAGCUUACACCUGUUGAAUCAGUGGGGAGGUCAAAAACUCAAAGAGAGGUAGAACAAAAAGAAGACUCUGAUUCAAAGGCGAUCCGUAGUCAAAAUUCCUCAUUGCGUCAACAUCUACGGCUGAACCCCAUGGUCUGUUCCAAUGGAGAUCCUAUGAGGAACCCAUCAAUUGCCACAUUACGGCCCACUACAGGGGCGUCUGUAAAAUUUUUGAGAACGUCUCUGAAAGGCACAAUGCAUGCGCAAACAAAGCCAAAAAUAUCUAACGGGAAUAAGUUACCACUGAAAAGAUUGUCUGCCAAUUCUGAAGAACAUGAUGAUGAUUUUAUGUAAUUCAUUGGCAGCUAAAGUUCCUUCAUUUUUUUUUUCAUUCUAAAAAUUCCUAGUCAAUUCUUUGGUUAGGAUUUCCCUAAAAUAAGUUCCGAUAUUGACAUCUUUAGAGCUUUGCAUCUUCCAAGAAAUGACAUGCUUGGGGAGCAAUAGAUGACAAGCAUCUAGAAAUUGUUUGGUUGCCAAGGGCAAAUUCUAGAAAGAAAAAAAAAGGGGUAUCAGUGGAUUCUCAGUCUGAACUGAUGAGUGACAACCGUGGGUUAAGCUGUUCAAACUGUAGCGUAUAUGUUUAACAGGACGAAGGUGGGAUUCGAUUGGAUAAAUCCCACCGGGGGACUCGUAGCGACUGAACUAAUAGUCUAAUACCAUCAGACUCGACCUGGUUUAUUUAUUUUUAUUUUUUUAUUUGAUCAUCUUUGGAUGAGAGCGUGGUUGUAUACUCACUAUCAGAAAAAGUACUCUUGUGUGUGAACUGUGAAGGGGAGGUUGCCUAUUCUUGAUUUAUCUGAAAAUUAAUAUGAUGGUUAAUACACAUUUUUAGCUCU